UUUGGUUCCAACGAAAAUGGCGGACGAGUUGGAGAGAGUACGAAUUUCAGCUGCGGAGCUCCGAGCGGAAGCGUCGAAUUUCACCUCACACGACGACCAUUUAAAAGGUCAGGAGCCCCUAUAAAAUUCUUUAACAAAAUUGCAAAAGGAGGGUAAGAAACAACACCAACGAGACUGUAAGCGUCCAGACCUGCAGCGAUACAAACCUGGCGGUGCUCAGUCACACAGACACAAGGACAGCGUAAGAGACGCACACAUUGCCUUUUCGGAUAGCAUGCACCCACAAGGAGAUUGCAGUUCUGAAAACGACAUGAAAAGGCCUGACAACUCACCAACCAGUCCUGGAUGCUCUCACAACCUUGGCAUAGACAGUGAAAAUUUCCCAAAUGACAGUCAGCAUGAGACAAAGGAUUAUAAUCCUAAAGAACUUGUGGAUGGAAACGCUGUUAAAAGCAGUGACAGUGCCAGUGCUAGUACAUCCAGGUCUCCGAAGCAGUCUCGAAAGAUGCGUAAACCUGACCGUGAGAUAUAUCAACCAGGAGGGCGAAGGUCUCAGGGAAACAGAGAGACUGGGACCAACAAGGUACUAGACGGGGUCACCAAAGAGGAGAAAAGGAAAGAGGAAGCAGUGGGUGGUAAAUCAGUGGAAAAAGAUGCUAGUAAGAAUUUACCUCUGGAGGAAGUGAAGGAGAAAGAGGAAAAGUGGAGAAACAGACGAGAGAAAGAUAACAGGAAAAAGCAAGAUCAAGGAAAAAAAUCCAAAGGAAGCGUAGACUCCCCCUCUGCAAGCAUCAGCGAGAGUAAUGUUGAGAGUAUAACUGGUAACAUCAAUAAUCUCAGUAUCAGUGGCCAAGUAGUAGAAGAGUCUGAGAAAAAUAGAGAGGAAGGUGGGCAGGAUGGUCCUCACAGGAGAAAACCUAGUAGAGAAGGACGAAGAGUCCAAGCAGGGAUGGGAGAGGACCAAAAAAAAGAGAAAGGAAAUGGGAAACUCAGAGCAGGAAAGGAGAAAGGAAGCAACUAUGUAUUUCCUAAGAAAGAGGAAGGAGAGGUAGGAGGAAGAGGCUCUGAGACUGCUCAAUAUGAGCAAGAGAAGGGUAAAAGACCAGAGGGAAGACGACAGAGAAAUGUAGGUGCAAAGGAAGGAAGCCAUGACCAGAAUCUUAACCACGAAAAACAAAGAGGCAACAGAUUGAAAUUUAAGGGUGCAGAGAGAGGAAAAAAGUCUGAAGGAACAGAUUUAAACACGGUCUACUCUGCUCCAAAGCGCUACUCUCAGUCGGAUGUCCGACGACCUCGAAAUCGCACCUACAGUACAAGUUCGGCCAGUAGUGGGACCAGUAUGGAUGGGCUAGCUGAGGCUGAGAGACGGAGGUCGGAGGGUGCAAAAAUGGAGUCUGCGGUACGCACUACAGAGAGGACAUCUGGACAGAGGGAGUUUGUCCGAGGAAGCCAGGCCCGUCAGAGGAGAAGGACAGCUCUAACCUUGUCGUCCACUGACUCGCUGGAGGAAAAUGAGGCCUGGGAGAGAGAAGAUAGAAGAGAUUUGAGAGAUCGAGAUGCUGAAGACACAAGGAGCUCUCACAGGGGUCUUGAAGGGGGCGGUAGAGGCCAAAGAGCAUCUUGUGGUCGAGGAGGAAUUUUGAGAGUGUCUUUGCAGAAGUAUUCAAGCACAUCCUUGGGUGCCAGGGAGGAACAAGCAAGCCGUAAAAAACAAAACCCAGGAGGUCAUGGAAGGGGCAUCCUGGUACUUCCUGCCCACACCGAUCUGACUAUGGCCCCUGAGCCUGGCCCUCAGCUUGGUGGAAUGAGAGGUGGAAUGGGUCUGAGCAGAGGAAGAGGGGGCCGUGGAGGUGGAACAAGACGCCUUUGGGACCCAAAUAACCCAGAUAAGAAACCAGCUCUUGUGUCAAGCAAACCAUCUCAGAAUGCAUCUCUCCAGCAGGCUUUGUACUUUCAGCAGGGUGGAUGUGGGCCCUUGCACUUCCUAGACACUGACGACGAAACUGCUGGAAGUCCUCCAGUCCGCCAGGGGGAGUACUUGCAAAAUCAGCAAGCUGCUGCGAUGGGUUACUACAAAUUCCAGAAUUCCGACAACCCAUACGGUUAUCCCAUAACUGCCGAUUCCCUGAACACCCCUCCACGUUAUCCAUACCCGUAUCACAUUCCCUACCAAAUACCUGUUUCUAAUGGGAUGUAUCCUGCCUCUGCUAUACUGUCUUUUUAUGGACCCUAUGGGCAAGGUGGGCAAGCUUACCCCCCUUCAGGGGGGUCCUCUCUCACCCCUGAAGAGGCAGAGGUGCAAACCAGAGGGGAGCUGGGAAAGUUGCUGCGUUUGGCUGACAGUCAAGAGCUGCAGCUCAGUAACCUGUUGUCCCGGGACAGACUGAGCCUGGAGGGACUGGAGAGGAUGGCCCAGCUCAGGGCUGAACUCCUAACAAUAUACGAGCGGGUGAUUUUGACAGACAUAGAGUUCUCUGACUCUCAGAAUCUGGACCAGGCGCUGUGGAAGAAUGUGUUCUACCAAGUGAUAGAGAGUUUUAGGCAGUUAUUGAAGGACCAGACCUCAGACACCUCCCCAAAUAUAAAAACUAUGCUCAUGUCCAUACUGGAAGAGGGGACAGUAUUCUUUGACUCAUUGCUGCAAAAGCUGCAGACAGUGUUUCAGUUCAAGUUGGAGGACUAUAUGGACUGCAUGGCUGUACGAGCAAGACCUUUACGCAAGACGGUGAAGUAUGCUUUGAUCAGUGCCCAGCGCUCCAUGAUCUGUCAGGGAGAUAUUGCACGAUAUCGUGAACAGGCCAGUGACUCUGCUAACUAUGGGAAGGCACGCAGUUGGUAUCUGAAAGCUCAGCAGAUUGCUCCGAAAAAUGGGCGACCUUACAACCAGCUGGCCCUGCUAGCAGUGUACACGAAGCGAAAGCUCGAUGCUGUUUACUAUUACAUGCGUAGUCUAGCUGCGAGUAACCCAAUCCUCACAGCCAAAGAGAGCCUGAUGAGUUUGUUUGAGGAAGCCAAACGCAAGGCUGACCAGAUUGAGCAUAGACUGAAGCAGGAUACAGAUGGAGGUACCCGUAGUCUUAGAAGUCAUGCAAGUGGGGGGCGUAGGGUUCGGGGGGAAGACACCCGUGUAGAGAUCUGGAUUUGUUCGAGCGGACACCCAGGCACGUCUCGUACAACUGGAAGUGAAUCUGGUAAAGACUCAGAGCAGGACGCAGAGCUAGGCAAUCUGAGUGCCAGUGAUCUCAAUAAGAGAUUCAUUCUGAGUUUCUUACACUCUCAUGGAAAGCUCUUCACCAAAGUAGGGAUGGAGAGUUUUCCUGCUGUAGCCAGUAAAGUGCUGCAUGAGUUUCGUGCCCUCCUCCAGCAUAGCCCAUCCCCCCUCGGCAGCACGCGUAUGCUGCAGAUUAUCACCAUCAACAUGUUCGCUAUCCAUAAUGCACAGAUCAGAGCUGAAGGGCAGGGUGAAUCUCGGUCCGUAUUAGAGGAGCAGACCACAUCUCUAGGUUUAGCUAUGUUUGGUCUGCUGGUGCAACGCUGCACUGAACUCCUGAAAGAAACGCCAGCUGAGCCAAUCCCUGCCGAAGAGCUGGGGGAGUUUGAUGAGAUGGACUAUGAAGAGGGAAUGGUACGCGUGUCUGCUUUCGCCCCUGACCUCAGAGAGCUUCUACCCAGCAUUAAGGUCUGGUCUGACUGGAUGCUUGGACACCCAGAACAGUGGAACCCUCCCCCACACAGUAUGCAGGGUAGUCCAGAUGUGUGGCAGUGCUUGGCAGAGCUGUGCAACUCUCUGUCACAUGUGUAUCACAGUGAGUCUCUACUGUAUAAAGCCGAUGUAGAUGGAGAAGGAGACGAGGAGCUCCGAGUACUGCAGCUGGACGAGGACAAAAUGCUGGCUGGGUUUGUCCCUCUGCUUGCUGCUCCGCAGGACCCCUGCUAUAUAGACAAGGGAGCAGAUACGGCCAUAGCAGCUGACUGUAAGAGAGUGACCGUUCUGAAGUACUUCCUGGAGGCUCUCUGCGGACAGGAGGAGCCGCUGCUGGCAUUUAAGGGAGGGAAGUAUGUUUCCAUGGCAACACCACCUACACCCAGCAUAAGUGCCGAAGACAAGACGCAAACACAAGAACAGGAGGACGAUGUCAUUGUGGAGGAAUCGUCUCUCUCGGCAUCGGAAGGAGACGGAAGUGAGGAUGAUAUCAAAGAGCUGAGGGCACGGCGCCACGCUCUCACACACAAGCUGGCACAGCAGCAGAAACGCAGGGACAAGAUACAGGCUGUUCUACAGACAGGUGGGCAGCUGGAGAUUGAGAUCAGACCGUUCUAUUUGGUUCCUGACACAAAUGGCUUCAUAGAUUACCUGGAUGGCCUGAGGAAGCUUCUGGCCUGUGGAACAUACGUCCUGGUUGUGCCUCUUAUUGUGAUUACAGAGUUGGAUGGUCUGGCUAAAGGUCAGGACAGUCGUGAAGGGAUCGGGAAUGGUGCUCAUGCCAGGCAGGUACAGGAGAGAGCCAAAGCAUCAGUGAUGUUUCUGGAAAAAGCCUUUGAGUCUAGAGAUCCUUACAUCAGAGCACUCACCAGCAGAGGAAACACACUGGAGUCUAUUGCCCUCCGCAGCGAAGACACCUCUGGACAAAAGGGCAACAACGAUGAUGUCAUCCUGUCCUGCUGUCUGCAUUACUGUCAGGACAAAGCCAAGGACUUCAUGCCUGCCGAGAGAAAUGGGCCAGUGAGGUUGCACAGGGAGGUGGUCCUGCUCACGGACGAUCGCAACCUGCGAGUCAAAGCUCUCACGCGCAAUGUUCCUGUCCGAGACAUCCCUGCAUUCCUGAGCUGGUCUAAAGUAGGCUGAACCACAGACCGGAUCUACUGCUGUACAAACCAUUUGUCCUCCACUAUAACAGUUGGAGAGGAAAUGAUGUCAGAGAGAGAGGUUGAAUAUAACGGUGGAAAAUACAAGCUUUUUGUCUGACAAAAAGAGCGAGAAACCAAGCCACUUAAUAAGAAACGAAGAUCUUCCCCUAAAAAUGCAGCGUGCAUAGACAGCAACAUGCUUCUGAGAGAGAAAGGAAAAAAUCAUGGGGUGAAACCAGCUUAGCUCAUUUAGGGGGUGGUCGGAAGUGGAGGGCUGGAUGAGGAGACAUCAGUGAAUGCAUGCAUCCUGUAAGUGAGAAACCAGCAUCAGCUAUUCUGCUGUUUAGAGUGUCAGCUUGUAGUGAUUGUGUGGAAUCACGCAGAAAGAGUGUCCAUUUGCACUGCGAAUGAGUUUGUUCCAGUGCUAGGGCGAUUUCUCAAUGCACUUCAAUGGCCUGUGAUGAGGUGAGAGCUCAAGUAGGGGGCCGUAAGAGGGGAUCAGAGCGAUGAGACAUUCAGCUCGCAGGUAUUCUGUGGCCUGGGAGGCAAGUGUGUAAUGCUGUUUAUUGUGUUGUUUCAUUGCCGCCCUGCAUGCUUUUGUUUGCUCAGAGCAUGAUUAUGAUCUUAUGAUUUAUUUAUUUUUACAUGUGUAUUUAAGUUAGCAUUGCAUUUUGAUUAAUUUACCAGUUCUCAAUCACAUAAUUUCUCAUCACAUGGUUUAGUUCUAACACAGUAAUAACCAUUUCAUCUUCUGAAUUAGCUCUAUGGAAAAACCUUGGCUUCACACAUUUUAUUUGUAAUAAAGUCAAGAUAUAAGGUUAUAAGCUCAUUCACUCCUGAAUAAAAUAAUUCACAACACUGAUGUAAUUAAUUGGUUAUGAGGUUUGUCUUAACACUCGAAGAGGAGUCCAAAUGUCAUGGUGCUUCUUUUGCAUUACUGAAAGUGUAUUUGUCUCUAAAUGGAAAAUAAAAUCUUUUGAGUCACAAAGGUUCCACAUUCUAACACACAUUAAUUAUACGAACAAUUGGUUUUCAUUUUAGCAAAAUUAAAAAUGCAUUAAGGACAAAUUGUAUAGUGAGCUAUUAUUCAUACACCUCAAAAGAAAAAGGGGCAAUGUACCAAGAAUGGUGAAACCAGAUGUGCAUUUGUUUGGUUAACAUUCAGAAACACUGCAUAGCUUGAUCAAUUUUAAGUUUAAUUCAUAGUGUUCCUAUAGAUCUUUAAAGGUCGUAAAUAUGAUGUGCAGGCGUUUGUCUAUACUUGCUCAUAGAAAUAGAUUUUCAGGAUUGUUGAAUUUGUUUCAAUUUUCACAGAUGUGAAAAAAUUAUUUAUCUUUUUACAGCUAAUUUGUUUCAAUAGUCAAAGUACCAUCCUCACUUUUUUGUUCUGUUGUGACAUGAGCCCUUUUGUUUUAAUGUUGUGAACUCUGCUUCGUUUGGGCUUUAGAUGUCGCUAUUUCUUUUUGAUUAUUGUUACUGUGUCACUGCAGGAAUGAGAACGUCAAAGAAUAAAUAAU